AUUUUAAAUUUCCAGGACGCGAUUGACAGUUUGCAGUUCAUUGAGAGACCUGUGAAUGGUAGUACAGCUAUUCCUAUCUUGGCUGCAAGCAUUGCCAACAAGUUUAAAGAGAGGUUUGAUGUUGUACGAGAACUUAAAUUGGCCGUGGAAAGAUCUUGGACUAUAGCACCUGGACGAACACCAACACAAUGCUGCCAGGUUAAAAAUUCUGGUCAAUUAGAAUACGAUUCAAGAUUUCGUUCAAAAGUCGACCUUUCACGAAUAUGCGUCAAGGUAUCUAAAAAUGCUCCAGCUUCUCCCACCCAUGUUGCGCAUUCUGUGGUGGAGAAAAUGAAGAAGAUUUCUCAAGAUUACCCCGUUCUGAAAUGGCAGUACUUUGCCUCUGAACAAGGUGUGUUGUCGAACUUUCCAGCGUGGGAAGAUACCGCAGAUUGUGGGUCUUAUGAUCCUCGAUUCAGACCUUUUUACGUGGAAACAGCCACGCCUGAACCAAAAGAUGUUGUUCUAGUUAUUGAUCACAGUGGUUCGAUGAGUGGUUCACGCAUGAUAGUCGCAAAGGAAGCUGCAAAAACUGUUCUGAGAACGAUGAAUCCAAGGGACAGGGUAAGUAUUUUCCAACGUUCCGACCGUACGUGCGCAGAUGUAGGAUAAAACACCAGGUUAACUUAACGUUACGCAUUUGCAAGAACAGCAGGAUCAUCAAAACAUAUUUUGAAGGCCAUAUUAACUUUGAAAUAGUGUAAGGUGUUAUUUUUCUCUGCCAAAUGCCUCGAAAAUGUUCGCAUUAAUUUUAAUAAGGUAUGGUCCUACUAUGACUGUAAGCUUAGCGUCAAUGUAUGAGUCAUGUAUGCCUGGUGUGACAGUAUUCCAUAGCUGAUUUUGUUUUAAGUUUGUAAUGUCCUACUAGAGCGACUACAUUUAGAACUCAGUAUUAAAUUAAAGUUAUGCGUUCAGUUGAUAUGUAACCCAGUGUGUAGCAAAUUUUCGGAACGAUAAGAAUUUAAUAUUUUCUCGGUAAAUUCCCCUUUAUUUACACACCUUAGAGUUACUUCGAAAGACGCAAAAGUAGAAUACAGUGGAUAUUGCAUUCAGUGGACCCUAUGUUGGCGGACACAGAAAAUACUUGUUUGAGUUUGCUUAAUCGGAAAUAGGGAAAAUGUAUGAAGGGGGAAUUAGUAAAAAUAUGGAGGGGGCAGACGCGUGAAGAGGUCGAUUUCCAUGGUAAUACUUUGACGCAAAAUAUGCUUACGAUGAAUUUACCUUUUGCGUCACAAGUUGUGUAAAGAUCUAACACUCGAGAGUCACAACUAUGUUGUACAUGUAGGUUUAGCUAGGUUUUAUGUACACAGCACAAUUUGUGUCGUACGGUUCCGAUAAUAAGCACGUCGUCGCAUGCAAUAAAGAUUUACAGUGUGUAAUGGGCCUAAAAGAAACUCUACUUUUCCCCCCUACGAUGCUAGUUCUUAUGGAAAAAAUGUUUGAAUGUCAUUGCCCCCUACUGCCCCCCCCCCCCCCCCCCCCCCAAAAAAAAGAUAGAUCAGCUAGGUUAGCCUAGCCUUGUAAAUUGCCACUCUCAAGUGGCGGGCUAAUGCUACGACAUAAUGCAACGAUGUGCUAAGUCAUUUUUUCUACCAACAUAUAGGAAAGGCGGUGGUAAUAUGUUUGCUUGGUCUCUUUUAUUAGAUUGGAAUUGUGAAGUUCAAUGGACAAGCCUCCACCCCAGUUGAAUAUGACGGCGAUGGAAGGGGCUGCCAUAGCCAGCGUUUAGCUGAUGCUACGCCUAUCAACAUCAAAUACUUGGAAGAAUACGUAGAAAGUAUCUAUGCUAACGGUAAGGCUUAAAGCAUUUGGAAGCAAUUGAAAAUAAGUUUUAUUGAGAAAAACAAUUCUGCCUCCUUGCGUGCCUGUGGUGCCUUUGAUUCGUUCAGUUUUUAAUUUGAAAAGUUUGGUAUACGAAAAUGACACUUUUUCUGUCAAAAAUGGAAUAUACAAUCGGAAGGAGUUGGACUUCGGAGCGAAAAUCCUAGCCUGCGAAAACAGCCGUUUAAUUUCUCCUCGCUCUUCACCGCUGGGGACGUUUCGCAUGGAGGAACGUCUGCGACUCAGCGACAGAAAUUCCAUACUGAUGACGUAAAUUAAUGUUUACACAAUAUAUCCGGUAGUCAUGAGGUUCCACAUCCAAAUUGUUUAGUUUUACGUUUCUCCUGGUCAAUUUUACCAAAGUGUUGUACAGUGUUCAUCUGCGAACGAGCUCCAGCUAAACUCAAGUGCUUCUUCUAGAGAAGGAUAUUUUUCAUCAACUUUGACUGUUUUGUUGGAGAUUCAUCCUGUUUACAUUUAAACUUCGUGGCCUUUUGUCUUUUGUCUGUCAUUCGUAAACAAUAGCGAAAACAAUGUAACUACUCCGUCGACCAAUCAGCGCUUCUGACCGGAUUCCGGACAGAUUUUACGUCAUCAGUGUGGAAUUUUCAACGCGGAGUAGCAGACGUUAUUCCCCGCGAAACGUCCUCAGCGGCGAAGAGCGAGGAGAAACGGCUGUUUUCGCAGGCUACGAAGAUCCCCAUGUAAAACUUUCCUGAAUACCACUCCCGUCCUCAGGGACGACAAGUACAGGAAAAACUUGUCAAUGGGAUUGGAUUGUUUUCCGUUUGACGCUACAAGUCUCCCUACUAAUUUUUUUUUCCUGUUCAUAGGAGGCACUGAUUAUAGUAAAGCAUUCAUUAAAGCCUUCGAUCUGUUCAAUGGUACAUCUGGCAUAAGCGGUUCUUCCAGGAAGAAGGUUAUCAUCUUUCUUACCGAUGGCAGACCAAAUGAUAAUGAAAAAACAAUAUUGCAAACAAUAAAAGCAAAGAAUGAGGAGCUGAAUAAUGAGGUGGUGAUCAUGACUUAUGGAAUGCUGGCGAACUUGCCAAUUCUGCGUUACAUUGCUGAACAGGAAGGCCUUGGUGUCACAAAGCAAUCUGAUGUCACUGUAAGAUAAACCUAAUCAUUUCAGUCCGCUGUUAGUUUUUAGUUAUCUAUUCUUAAUCUUGGCAACAGUUCCCGACUAGUCAUUUCAGGUACUUAAAGUAUAGAAGUUCUUUACAGGAGCAACUUAAAUAAAUGGUAGAUUUCUGAAAGCUAAAUAAAACCAUGGAUGCUGAGAUAUAUAAACUUUGUUACUGCAUUCACAGCCCAGGGGGAGGGGGAGCAUUCAAGGGACGUUUGGGCAAAGGUGUCCUGCCAAGGCCUUUAAAACCUGAAAUGUUCAUUUCACUACAUUCCAUUAAGUUUCGUAUACAGAAUAAAGCGAUUUUUGAAAUUGCGAUCACAGAGAUAAGUCUUUUUGGAAAAAAAGUUGCCUUCGAGCAAACUCUCUCUCAGUGUUUUAUAUUGGAUCUGAUUGUCCCCCAGGGAAAGCCCAGAAAUCGCUAAUACCGUUUGCUGACAGACACCGUAGAAACAACGAUUCAGUUGUUAAGUUUUCAAUUACUUAUCCCCUGAAGAAGAAUAGAAGAGAUGCUAAAGUAAUAUUUGCUUUUUUUGUAAUCUGGUAUCCAAAUAAUGGCAAAAAAGUAUGAGCCUCUAGCUAGGUUGCUAUCAACUUUUGAGAUACAUGUACUGGUAUACCUUUACCACUGCAAUAACUGAUGUUAUUUUUCUUUAAGGCUGGAAAAUUUACAUAUGUGUCAAACACAAACACCUUGCGGAAUGAUAUGGCAACCUAUUACGACUUUUUCUCGUCAAAAACAAUUCGCAAUGAACCAAUCAUAUCCAUUCCUUACGUUGACGCUUUUGGCACAGGUAAGAAACGCUAUGCAUGUAGUUUACAGGUUUACAACGUCGAACUUCUUACAUACCACAGGACACUCUUAAGUUAGCUCGUGUAGCUGAUAAUUGUUGGUAAACUAAAGCUGUAAAUUGGACUUUGACGUCAUAGUGGAGCUCUCGCGCCCUCAAAGUGCGGGAAACAAAGCACUAUGAAUAACAAAAUUUAGUUAUCUGUGCAUCCAAGAAAUAUUUGGCUCUGACAAAUUCGUCAGUCCAUACGUCCGCCAUUCAUGUUAGCGCAUGUAAGUGUAUGUGAAAUGUUACACUUACUACCUUACUGCCUCAUUUAGUUGACGUGUUUUUUAAAUUUCUCCGCAGACCAGUUAUUGGAUUUCAAAUGAUCACAGGCUCAGGUCGAUUUUUUCAGAAGGAAUUCAGUUUGCGUGUUUUUAUGGCGAAAGUUCAUAAAAAAAAAAAUUCUUCAACGAUCCCACGACAGUCUCGCUUGGCCUUCCCUGAAUCUACAAUAUAUAUUUAGAUGUCAACAUACAUGCACACUUGCUACUAUUCCUAUAAUUCCCUACUUUUAUGGUGUCUCAUUGGUUUUCCUAUUCCUAUAGGUCUGUUAACUUCGAUAACACUGCCAUGUUAUCAUCAAGGAAAAUUCAUCGGUGUUGUUGGGACAGAUAUUAGCAUGGCAGAUCUUCUGUCAGAAGUUACGUAUUUUCAAAGAGGCCAGCGAAGUUAUGCCUGGAUGGCGGAUAGUUCUGGAAGGACCAUGAUGCACCCUCUUCUCCCAGCCCCUUCAGACGCCUACGGUGACCCAAUUUUUAUGGACAUUACAGCUUUGGAACCAGAACCUGGAUUCAAUGAGAUUUUCAACUCCAUCAAAGUGUGAGUGCUUUGGAGCAUUUAGUGCCGAAAAAAACUAUUCAUCCUUAGGGAUACGAGAAGAAUCCAUUAACGUUUAUAUCCAUUACGCUUUUUAUUAUGUUUUUUUUUUUGCUUUGAUAGCGGUAGAUCCGGGAAUCUUUCAUUCAUUUCAAAGCGGUUUCUUGCUCGUGGUGGGCAAAUCAAGGAGGGAGUUUCAGUUUUAGAUGUACUGUCUACUUACUUCUGGAGAGCAGUUGACAAAACCAAAUUCACCGUUGGAAUUGUGGUGGCAGAUGGCGAUAAGGAUGAAACACUCUCAACUCAAAGUAUUCCUUCAGGUAAGUACAUUACCAUAUUAUCAACAUACAAUUAAAAGUUCUAAAUAUAACUGAAGAUUGAACUUUCGUGUUCAUCGAUAAAAAGACGAAUUUAUAGAAUCGGAAAAUUGAAUAUAGAUCUUAACGACAAGGAACGCAAUCGGCCAUCAGUUGCUUUAGAUUUCUUAAUAAGUAGAGUAUUAAACCGUCUUUAAGGAGUAGGUAAAAUACGUUUUAAAUGGAAGAGACGGGGAGGGAGAUGGCGGAAGACUGGAGAGAGAAAGCCUUACCUUCGCUCUCUCUUCUCUUCGCCUUACCUUUCCCCAUUCUCCACGGAAAUGCAUUCUGCUGAAUAAGUUCUCCUCAAAUGAACUUCCCGUUAGUCUGACAGUCUCCAUCAUUAUCAUCAUUUAAUUAUCAUUAUCGUCGCUAUUAUUCUCAUCAUCAUAUCUUAUCGCGGUGAACAUUCUUGGUUGCGGUAGACGAGAGGAGAUCGCACACCUAAUUUAGCGUGGUGUUCCUGUGCUAACUGAACCUUUCCCGCGUUCCUGUUAACAAAGGCACCAAAUCAAGGCAUGUGAUUCGUAUGAAAUUGUCCACCGAAGCCUAGACCUCAUUUCUUCAUGUUGUCGAGGUUUGUUCGUAUCCUUCUCUGUCACACCAAUUUAACUGGUAUUUCACAAAAGAGGCACAGAAAAAAGCCAGCAAAGGGCUCGCAUUUUUUCAGUCUUAAUAGCACUUCAAGAAAUUUUGUCAUGAGAAUCACAAGUGCUUGUUGCGUUACGCUAGUUUUAACAUGAACUCUUUAAUUAUUUUAAUUUGCCCGUUCUUCCUAACUUUCAAACAGAUUUCAAAUUUCUCUACCAUCGUUUGGAUUUAGUAAGGCCGGAUGAACCCUGCGUUCACUUUUCUAGAUAUGCAGCUAAAGGUAAGUUAAACGGAAUAAUAAAUAAACAAAAACUUGAUUGCUGAUAAACUACUACGAGGUGAAAAAUUCCUGAAAAAUAUUUUUCUAAGGAACCUUUCAUGAAUUUGGUGAUAACGGUGUUAUUCUUUUUUGGGAAAAUUUUGUAGCGAUUAACUGCACGAGACAAAAAGCGACUAGCUAACGACUAGUGGGGAGCGUUUACGUGGGAAUAUUCAAGCUUCUUCAUAGUUGUUGUGUUUCUGUAAAUACUACUGACACAAACUUAAUCCAUGUGAUAGCCUAGCGCUAAACAUACUUAAAAGCUAGGAUACCAUGACCUGUGCGACAGCAAUCGACUAAAAGAUGAGGCAGCAAGCUUAUCCCGCCUCCAUCAAGUCCAGCGUUAAGCGAUCGAACUUUUCCUCCUGUAAUGCCUGUACACACAUUUCUAUAACUAGUAACAGUUGACACUAGAGCUGCCCGCGUUCUGUAUAUUGUCGUUCAAUAGUAUUCUUGCUCGUUGUGUCGCUCUUUGAAAUAUACCGAUUCACAAUGAAGAUUUUCACACAUAUUCCAUACAAUAGGUGAGAUAAAUACAGGAAACGCAAGGUUCCAUGCACAGUUUCAGCUCGAUUUACACAGCUUUGAUCAAAACAUUCUCAGUUUCGACAAGAGUUUAUUCUAAACCAUAAGAAAAGAUUUAAUUAGAAGUUGAAUAUUUCGCUAUUUCUCUUUCACUUUUUACAUUCGGUUCAUUUUCUUUGCCGGAAAGUAAGCCUUAGAAAUUAAAAGGACGUUUGACCGAUUUACGCUCGCGCAUUCUAGUCUUAUUUUAAACUUUAUAACGGAAGGACAUCUGUAAGCAGGAAAUAAGUCAGCACAGAAUUUGAUUGUCGGCGAAUUUCUGCAAUCGUCCAUCGUUCUGCUAGUGAGAAGCUAGCCGUUAUUCACUCGUCUUGCUUGUUUGGGGCUGAGUCUUAUUCUGGUCAAAGAGAGAGAAAGUGUCUGGCAAGGUUUCCAAUCAAAGAUUUGUGAACUCGUGUCAGGCAAACUCUCCAAGUAUUUAUAUAUACACAGUUGAACGCACCUUAUAACCUCAUCUGCGCUUAACGAGUGUCUUUUGGUCCAUAACUUUCAAAACAACUGCUCUACAGAAUGUCACUGCGUAACGCAAAAGAUUAUCGAGGUAUUAUUGCACAAUAAAUGUCAAAAAAGCUACCUGAGCGGUCCCUUCCGGGAUUUUCUGUCUUUAAGUCAUCCUAACUAUUUCGUACUUGCGGGCGCAAACAAUAGAAACGUGACCAUUACCUACCGAUUCCUCGCGGCUCCUGUUCAAGCAAAUCGAGAUUUUUUUCUAUAUUGACUGUAUGACUGUAUAUUUCAACUGUAAGUACUUUCCUUAAUAUACGCGCGAGUUACUAGAGUGCUUCUGCGGGGGCAAUUACUGCUUGUAAUGUGGCUGGCGCCAUUUGUUAGAAAGGUGAAUAACGUUAUCCACCGAAUGAUCACUAUCCACCAGAUAAAUCAUUAUCUAUGCAGUGGGUAAGUAUUUGGGGGAAACGAGUUGGGUUAUCUACUGGAUACAGAUAACGCGGUUUACUUCUCCACCUUUUGAACAACUGCAGGGGCUUGCUUUUUUUUUUCCUUUUUUGUUGUUGUUGGUUAAUUUUCUAACAAAGGGCUCUGCAGUUAUCUGUUUCUCCCAGGUCACAUGAUUAUAAACAAUAAAAAUUUUUAUCCGCCAAGAGUCUUUGAGCGUGCAACAUUGUAAAAUCUAUGACUUGUGAUGUCAACGGUCCACUAUUCCCAGGAAAUGCAUGUUGUUCGCUGGUUGAGAUCUAACUACUUUCCAAGUUCCGUUCAGUAAACCAUGCUUUGAGACUUCUAACCUAAAACUUUUACUCAUUUGAAGGAACAACCGUUGUGAAGUUUGGUGCUGAGGCCUUUGCAGACCCUUACACCUCCUUAGGCUUGGACGAGGCGAUGUCCCGAGUGAAGGCAUACAAAUCGUACAUGACAAGUUCAAGUGCUAUUAAUCCUGGGUCCAAACCAGGCAUUAGAGACACAGUGCUUGUUUCCAGCAAGGUCGAUGACAUUUGGUUACGCGAAAAGGCGGAAUGUACAAAGUACUUGGUGUGGAGAUAUUUUGGCACAGCCAGCGGGAUGUUUAGAAUAACAUGUGGGACAUUGAUUGCAAAAUCACAUGAUCCAACGAAACGACCAUGGUAAUACGAUUAUUUUAGUCCUCCUUCCUCAAAACUGGGUCUACUUCUCGAGAUCUAAUUGGUACUAUUAACAAGUUAUAUUAUUUUGAUACAAAGAGAUGUGAUGAUAGCAUUUUUACUUUCAUGUUAUGAUAAACACAUGUUUGCAAACUCUAAAUGACAGUCGGAUAUAACGCCAUUUUUUAAAAUGGCUUAACCUAAUGAGAUUUAUGGCGUUAUAUCCGACUGUCAUUUUGCGUUUGCCAAAAUGUGUUUAUCACAAAGUAAAAAAAGUUCCUAAAGAGAAGACGCCUAGAUAAUUCGAAGGAAGGAUUAACAUGGGUUAGUGCGCGGCCUUCUGUGCGGGCGGUCCCGAAUUUGAUUCCCAGGUUCAACCUCAAGUCCUUCCAUUCAACUUGUUUCCUUUCCGUAAAGCUUUAAAAAGCACUGAUGGACAGAGAGGGGUGAAGUGAGCGUAUCGCGGGCCUCAGGUCUGUUAGUCAGAUGACUAUUUCGAGCUACCGACGAAAAUGAAGGACACCCUUUACUCUUUAAAUAAUUGCAGGCUUUCCCACCCUCCGCAUCCGUUGUAGACCUUAAGGUAAUAAACACACCUUUUACGCGGAAUAAUGUGGAGGACGAUACUUCGGCUUUAUGACUAACUGGAUAUAUUUUUAUUUUUACAAUAGGUACCAUGCCGCGCUCAGAAACACGGGACGUGUUUCUUUAUCCACUCCUUACAUAGACGCAUUUGGAUCAGGAGUAGUUAUAACCGCUUCCCACACUAUAUAUCGCGGUGAAGCUAGUCACAAACACAGCGCAAAUGACCAGGUCAUUGGUGUUAUGGGUGCAGACUUUCCUUUGUCUUAUUUUUAUAAGUAAGUUGUUCAUCUUCCUCUUUUUUCUGUGUUCUUUAUGUCGACUAGCAAAAUAGUGGGGUGAUUUUUUUUUUUUUUACAGUGUCGUGGCAGAGCCAAUAAGGCUUUUUUUUUAAAGAAUGCCUUUUAUCGUGAAGAUAAUGUUGCUUUUACUACCAGACUUUCCCAAGAACUAAAUUAAACACAUUUUUCCUGUCAGACUCUUAACGGACACUUUUCCCAGCUGCAAAGAUGGCAACUACGAAUGCUUUGUGUUAGACGGAGCUGGUUUUCUCGUCAUGCACAAAGACUUUUUGUCGCCAGACAUUAAAGCAAAAGAUCUGGAGUACGUCCACAUCACAGCAAAAGAGAAAGAGAUAGCCGAGGACCUUUUACAGAAAGGACAUUUGGUGAAGAAAAAAUGUAGACACUUGGAAAAGAUUCACACGGAAAAUUUCUUCGAGCUGAGCAUCCCGUUUCAAGGCCUUAACACACUGACAACAGGACAGCGAUGUAGGCAAUACCAGCUUGCUAAAGUUGGUGGAAGUAAUGCAUUUUUAGGUAAGUUUUCUCUGGAAAAUUAAGUGAUCUUGGGCAAAAUUCUCAUUUUACUUUAGAGAGAUGAUAUUCGAAGUAAGAAACCCUGGAAGCAUGAAGGGUAUUAAAAUAUUAAAAUAUUUGCCUUCAUCGUGAAUGUCGUUCUCGUCUAGGAAUCAAAAAGCGGGAUGAUUCCUGUCCAUUUGGAAGUUGCAUCACGUGCGGAACCAACAGAGAAUGCUCCAAUCCACCGGUGUCAAGUUGCGAGUGUCCAUGCAUUUCACGGCUUGACUUUCAUUACUGUAGAAAUGAAUUCCCAGCCAGCAAGUAAGCACAUUUAAAAUAAUAAGACAAUCACGUCUUGACGAUUAUUUUACACAUACACUAGCUUUAUUGACUUUUAAUUGUUAAUCUGUAUACAAUGCAACCAAUACAGAACUUACCGCAGUACACUGUUUUCUAGAUCGUCGCUUCAAACGUCGAGUUGUGCCAGAUCAAAAAGUUCAUGGGCACGAAAGUUUACCUAGAAAGAAUAAACCUAAACUGAAAUAGAAAAGAAAAUUGAAAAAGAGAACAAAACAAACUAAAAAGAAACAAACAAAUUGAAUAGUAGAUCUUAAACUAAGUUUAGCCUUUAUCGUGAAUAUACACCUUUAUUUUUUUCUGAGCUUGCGAGCGGCUGGAAUCCUCCACACCAUUUAACCAUUUUUAUUUUAAAACUUGUGCUAUUAUUAGCGUUAGCUAGGGAAAAGUGAAUUUUGUUAUUCAGACAAAACUUCUGAAGGGAGAAUCAAGCAAGUCAGCCUCGAAAACCACUAAAGUAAAGCAAAACAUGCGGCUCGUGAUAUCGCUUCACUAGCUUUAUAACUUACGCUGUAAGUACUGCAAUCUUGCUCUUAUGCCCCGUUUAUUCGACAUUUUCCCUCUGUCUGUAGGUUUGUUUUCCAUUUUUGCUGUAUGAAUCUAGAUUCUGCGCCGUUUUUCAUUGAGCUUUGCCUCGCUAGUUUUUUUACUUUAAUUUCAGGAAAGGUCGUUGUCAACGAUUGCACGUAGGUGUCAAUCUUGAAUAAACAACACGAACAACUUUUCCAGCAGUCCGUUAUCUCCGUUUUUAUUUCUUUGUUUAUAUAAUUGUUUAGCUACCCACAUCGCCCUCUUUUAUUCGAAUUCAAUUCAAAACCGUGCUGAGAUUGGCAUGUGUAAUUAGCUCUUUUUGUAAAGCCCCUGUGCAGUUUUUAUCCCCCUCCAUCGAAUUAAUCUGAAAGUAAAAAUUCAAGGGAAGAAAAUCUUUUCUGUAUUUUCUUUGCUGUGGCUUUUAAGUUCGUCAAUUCUUUUAUCCUUGUUUGACACUCAGAUUAUAUGAAUUGUCUACCAAGACACAAAAACCUCUCUUUAUUCUAAAGAGAGCUUAAUUGUGAUAAUAUAAAUUACAAGUUAAAAAUCAUGCUGUAAUGUUUUGUUUUGGUUUGCAAUCGAUCGCGCGCUUUGAAUAACAUCAACACGAAUGCGCCUUUCUUCAACUCACAUAGGUUGAAGGCUGAAGUAAAAUUUUCCUUAAACUUUUAAAUCUCAGUGGAAAAAAAAAAAAUGUCAUUUACCGGCCUAGGUCGGUCCGUAUUUGGAGAAACUGUGCCCUCGGUCUGAGUACCACCCGAGGCCGUACUCAAGACCUCGGGCACAGUUUCUCCCAAUACGGACCUCCCAGCCGGUGAAUAACAUAUGUGCUGGGACUAAAAUAAGCUUGCGCGUAACAUCUUAUCAGUUGAUACCAUACACCUAACCUGAGAUCAGGCUCUAUUUUCGUUUCGCUUUGAAAAUUACAUUCCGGCGGGCAAGGCGAAACGAAAAGAGAGCCUGAUACAAACCUUUAACGAAAUGUCUGCCGCCCACUUUUUUGAUUGAUUGACAUUUACCAAAUCAGCCAAUCAGAAUUACUUCCGUUGCUUGUUUUUCUAAUAUGCAAAUUUUUCACGCGUGGGAAAAAUGCAGACUGGCUGACUUAAAAAAUAACUUUAUCUGUUAAUUUUUUCAGCUAAAAAUAAAACAGUCAGCACAAUCACAUUUAACUUCUUGCGAGAUUAAUAGAGAUCUCGAAGGUUACUUCUGUUGGCGUAGAAGGUAAAAAGUUUUCGAAAAGACGGCGACACGAUGUUCUACUAGUUUUAUUAUUUUGGCUAGGCGCUCUGGAAUUUAAAAUACUGAUCAUGAAAUCUCUAUUUUUCCGUUGUCUUGAUAUUUUCCUCGGCAAUUUCCCCCGAUUUUCAGUACAUAAAUCUUUAAAAACAAAAGCAAACAGCCAACGAGCGAGGACACCAGUUUUCUUGGUUUACAUUUAACAAAAAGCAUAGUCAAACAACCAGUCUGUCAACACUGAAAAUUCCUUGAACAGCGAUGCGAUAUUUUUCGUCUAAUACUUCACAGUUGGCGAUUGAGGUUUCUUUUCGCAGUGAGCCUCCGCUUGCGUAUCCCGUUCAGAGAAGUCAUUCCCAGCUAAACUUUCAAAUGAAACCAGUUUUAAGAUGGACAGUAUUUUGAUUUGCACCCCGGCGUUUGUUGGUAAAUCAAAAUGCACCUUGUUAGCGGUCAACAACUUGCAGAGGGAUUCAACUUCGCGAUACACUCACUUUCCGUAAAUAAAGCAAAUCCUGAGAAGAUAUGAACAACCACAUGAAUUUUCUGAAUUUCCAUGGCACAUAUUAAGGCAUAUUUUCCUAACAUAAGACCAUAAAACAAUAAAAAAGACAGCAAAAUCGAUCCUUCCCUCCACCGACGAAGGAUCACUCACGAAAACAACCACGCGAGGAAUAAGCGCUUUCAACUUCCGGCGUUUCCGACAGCCAAUCAGAUCUUGUGGCAUUGUUCUAACAGCCAAUCAGCGUUACGGCCAAAAUCUGGCCGCAACGAGCACAGACUUGUAAUAGUUUGUAUCAGGCCCAAUUUCAGCGGUAGCCGUGAGAGAGAAUGUAUGAGAACCGCUCAAAUUGGGCCUGAUCUCAGGUUACCAUACACCUAAAAUAAUAUAGCGGGAUUCACGAAUCUCUGUAAGUGUGGCAUGGGGUAUACAGCACUGCACCUAUCCAAAGAUUAAUUAAUUAUUCGUCAAUAGUGGCCUAUUGCAGCUAUUAAAUAAUGGCAAGGCAUAUUGAGUCCAGCACCUUGAUAUUAGUUCAUCACCUAGCUAAGUCUUAUGACUUAUUUCAAAGUUCGGCCAGUAUUUAGCUCAACCCCUGUCUCAAGUAAGAGAUCUUUCCAUAAAGGAUUUCCAGAAACACUUACCCGAGUCAAAAGUCAUCCCUGAUAUUCAAAAUAAUAGUUUAUUUACGGAAACGAUGAACUCUUUCUGUUUUUUUCUUUCAGUGUGUCCAUUUGUCCAGUACCAGCGCCCGUUGUCCCUUCUGAACAAGUAAAGGAUCCUUCCACAAAGGGUUUACAGAAGUGCUUUGAUCCUCAGUGCGACAAAAAGUUAAAUUCAGAUUCUUGUGAUGGAAUCGUGGGAUGUUACUGGUGUGUCCGCGAUAAACACGAUGCUCCUCUUAAUAACAAGUACUGCGCCGACAUUAAUUCAUGUUACGGAGGAAAGGAAGGUAAGAGAUUAACUAUUAUUAUGAGACAGAUAAUUUGUAAUGGAACGAGUCAUAUCAAUAAUAAUUAUAACAUAGCUAGAAAAUUCGCCUAAUCAAAUUCAAUAGCGCGAGCGUGCUUCAUAUUCCUAUUGAGCACGCUGAUGACGUCAAUAAACUAUUCGUAAUUUCUCGAGUUGUUGUGAGCUUAGCAAUCCUGAGUCUCCUGAGUGCAUCCAUAACUCAGCAAUAGACAAUGAAGCGUUUAUCAUUUGUUUUAUAAGGAAAUUUAAGAGGAAAGGUUUGAAUUUGUCAACCGAUAGUAGGGAAAAGAGGUGAGUGCUGUUGUUGUUAUGAUCUCCGCGAGCUGUGAGGGCUAUGGCGUGAGAUUAUUCUUUGCAAAGUUGUUUUCUCUCAAUAACAAUUUUUCGGUAAUUAAUAGUUUUCCGACACCUAAACAUGGAUUUUACAAUCAUUUUAGAGUACACUUUCUCUCAGUUUCAGGAUAAAAACACAAGAUUAACUGUGAGGAAAAAAAAUAUAGUCACGUAAACAUUGACGCGUACUGCUUUGAGCGCGCCGUACAAUAAUAAAAUUUUAAGUUAACUGCUGCAUUGAUCGCUUUGAUAAUGUUAUAAAACAAUUAGUUCAUGCUGCAGCUGUGCGUAUGGCGAGAUAUUGAGCACUUGGGAAGUUUGGAGAGCACUCAAGAGGCUAGAGGCUAGUGCAUACUUACGCUGACGCAUGAACUAAUUGUUAAUGAAAUUAUAAAAUAACAAAUGUGACAUCAUCAUUAGGAUCUUUAUUAUUUUCUUUUUCUAUUUAUUCACCCUCAUCAGUAGCUGCAUCUAAAAACGAACCUGUAGUUCCAUAUUUACCACUUUUCCACUCCUCCACUUGAAUCGUUGCUGCUUCUACUCCCACAUCUGCAUAUUCAAUAUCGACUGUUUUGCUCCAACUCCUGGGCGCCCUUUUAUCUUUACUGCUUCUGCUCUCACAUCUGCACUCUUAUCUCUCCUGUUUAAGGUUCGACACCCGCACUGCCAUCUCUACUGUUUCUGCUUCCACACCUACACUGCCAUCUCCACCUUUCUGCUUCCACCUGCACUGCCAUCUUUAUACUGUUUGUUUCUGCUUUCACACCUGCACUUCCAUUCUCUAAUGCUUCUGCUUACCCAAACCUGCACUUCCAUCUUUAUUGUUUCUGCUCCCACACCUGUACUUCAUCUCUACUGUUUCUGAUCUCACACCUGCGCUUCCAUCUUUUCUGUUGCUGCUCCCACUCGUGCAUUACCGUCUCUACUAUUCUGCUUCCACAGUCCUGAACUUCCAUGUGUACUACUUCUGCUCCCACACCUCCAAUUUUAUGUCCACUACCUCUGCUCCCACAUCUACACUUCCAUUUUCACUGUUUCUGCAUCCACACCUAACCGCAAUUCCAUGCUGUUUCUGCUUCCAAACCUGCACUUACGUGCAUGUAUUUAGAACUGCAGCUCCCAAACCUGAACUUCAACCUCUAUUGCUGCUACUCCCCCUCCUGUACUUCCAUAUCCACUUUUUCUGUUUCCACAGUUGAACUUCCUUCGUAAUACCACUUUUGUCCCAACACCUAUACGUUUUCCCUUUCGUUUGCUUCCACACUUACACUUCACCUCUACUGACUCGGUGCUUUUUAUCUCUUCUGUGUUUACUUCAACACCUGCACUUCAUCUAUAUUGCUUCUGUGCCCAAUACCCAAACCGCUAAUGCACGAUAAUCAUCGGUGCCUACACAUUCAUCUUUACUGCAUGCAUCUGCACCUUCAUCACUACUCUUUAUAUUAUACCUGCGCAUUUAAAUUCAUUCAUCUCUUUUUCAUUUUCAUCUGCUUACAACCUCCUACUUCUGCGUCGACAUUUUCAUUUCCAUCUUCACCUCAUAGGCUUCAUUAAUGUUAUUAUCCUGUAAGACAGUGCUUCUCAUAAUUUCAACCAAAAUCUGUUUAAAGAGAAAGUUCUCAAUAACGUUUCGGUUGUGCCUUUUUUGUGCGUCAAUAACUCGCUUACAUGCACUUCAUGCAUAUUAGUCAAGGGCAGAAUUUAGAAGUUUAUUUUUAAAAAGACAAUCUGUUGUGGAAAAAAAGAGUUAUUUCAGUUUACAACGUCUGAUUAUAGCUUAAGAGGUACGAAUGUGUUAGUCUUGCCACAACCCAAAACAACUACAUAUAGAUAUGCCGCAGCGAGAAUUGGAACUCGCUUCCUGAUUCUUUUAGGAGAACCACUAGUCUGAAAGAAUUUAGACGUUUACUUUUUUCCCAUAGUUUCUUAAAUUAGGCUUUUACUUUUACUACCAGUUUGUGUUUUUUGCUAAUAUGUUUUUAUUAAGUGUGAGUAUAUGCAAUUUAUCGGAAAUACUAGCCCUUGGCUACUCUAAAAUCCCAAGUUAAAUAAAGUUAUGUAUGUAUGUAUGUAUGUAUGUAUGUAUGUAUGUAUGUAUGUAUGUAUGUAUGUAUGUAUGUGUGUGUGUAUGUAUGUAUGUAUGUAUGUAUGCAUGUAUGUAUGUAUGUGUGUAUGUAUUUGUGUAUGUAUGUUUGUAGGUAAAUAUAGUCGAAAGUAGGAAUUGAAAUUUCCGAUUAUAAUCUAGAGUAAAGUUGUAAGAAUGCAAAUUAGUAAGGGCUUCCCAGGGUCCGCGCUACACUAACGCAAAUACAGAGUACACGUCAUUAUAGCAAAGCCUAGUAUGGGCAAAUUGUAAUAGUUUGACCUUUUUUUAUUUUAUUUACAGGGACAAGGGCCCCCGUAAGUACAAAUAUUCCGAAGGACAAAGAUGGCAAAGCUGAAGUUAGUAACAAAAGUGGAAUGUCUGCUGGUGCUAUUGCUGGCAUUGUUUUGGGGGUAAUUGGUUUCAUUGUUGUGAUUAUUCUGAUCGUGGUGAAAUUAUUCAAGAGGGAAAGAAUCCCAAAGAUCACUGCAAGGACUGAAUGCAUUGGACGAGGAGUUCGACCAUCAGCACCCAGCUCAGUAGUGCAUAGCCCGCCACCUCAACCCUACAAGGUUCCUUACGCCUCUGAACCUGGUACCUCUAUGCAGCUGACGGGCAUAACACCACGUUACGAAUCGCCUCCGCCAAGUUAUGGUGAAAUUCAGCCUAGUGCACCACCCUACAAUCCUUACUACAAGCAAAGUGUUAGACACAAAUAA